CCUAAAUAUACCUAAACCUUACCACAUACAUCAUGAUAUGGUUGCCUAUCGGACGGAGUCACGCAGCCAGGCUCCAAGCAUCCCGAUGUCUUUAUUAAGGGGCGCCAAGUUAAAAACCGAGUUCGAUAUUACACGUAUUAUUUAUUACACAUUACUACCUUACGCAUUGGUGUUAAUUAUCCUAUCCUAUGCGCGACUUUUCUAUCUUCUAUUCUGUCGUAUGUUGAGACUUGAUUGCCAAUUAUAGAAUUGCUCAUUUGGCCCCAACCUUUGAUUCCCUUUUUAUAUAUUAGUCAUCUGAUUUAAUAUGAUAAGUCAAUAAGAGCCAAUUAAUAUGACUUUGAGUUACAAAUGUUGAAAUAGUUUGUGUUGCUUGGGGGUAAAGACAACUAACAUACACUAUGUGACAUGCUACCUUUCUUAAAAUCCAAACAUUAUUGAAACACGGAAUGACAAGUAUAUAAGUAGAGGAAUUAAUCUUAAAUAUAUGGAAAAUUCGCUAUGAUCUCAAAUGUCAUGAUGGCGGUUCAAACUAACAGGAAAAUUCAGCACCUGGGAACUCUUGAUAACCAAUUUCGCUUUCUAAUCGACGACAAGCAUGUAGCAUACGUAACCGUUGAACCGGGUAUCUUGCCAAAGGGUGAUUGGUCAUUCAUAAAUUUUCUCUCAUUUCCCCCUGGUGACUGGAAUCGGGGUCACAUUUCGAAGGACCAACACACAGGCAGUUUAGCUUUCUCCUCUAUCUCAUAUAACAUUGUCCCAGGAGUUGAGGAUAUAUGGCACCAGACACAGAUCGACCAUUUAGAAUUUGAGCGGCUUGGUUCUCUAGGCCGGAACGUCCGCAUAGUCACGCACCCCUUCUUCCAUCAUCCAGUAAUCAUCAAAUUUGCUUCGUUUCCUUGUGAGAUAGGGUAUAUUGAGACUGAAACAACGAUGUAUAGUCGGCUUCAAGGCACAGGAAUUAGCCCUAAGUUCCUAGGCCACGUAACGGAAGAGGGUAGGGGGGUCAUCGGAUUUAUCUUAGAGAUUAUCAUGAAUAGCAGGCCAGCAGAACCUCGAGAUCUAACUAUCUGCCAAGAGGUCUUAUCAAGACUACAUGCUCUAGACAUAAAGCAUGGCGACAUUCACAAGGAUAACUUCCUCGUCCAAGGGGGAAAGGCAUUUCUAAUCGAUUUCGAGAUAUCAUAUUUAUGCGAUGAAGACAAGGAACUUGAACUUGAAUAUGAUCAUCUUAAAAAGCUACUGGCGGGUGCAUAAGGAAUAACUAGAGGAGGAGCACAAAACUAUACCAACCAGAAUAAGUUGACAUUUGAUACAGGUUAAAACAGGUAGUCUGAUCAAAAUUUGAAACUGCUCUUCGUUGAGAUGUUAUGGUUGAAGUAAAUCGUUGUUUAUUGGGUGUUUUUCUAUGAUUGCAAUGUAAAACUUCUCAAC